AUGCUCACAACCGCCCCCCGCCUCCACGUCCGGCGCCCCUCGCCAACAACUGCAGAGUUCACAGUCACGACUAGACCGCCCCAGACUUUAACCAUCCGUCUCCUCUCGAGCCUUCUGCUCGUCCUCCGCAUCGUCGUCUUCCUCUCAACGAUCCUCCUCCUCCACGCCGCCUGGUCGCAGUCCCCCUACGCCGCUCCCUACUUCUCCCAGUCGCCGGCGAGGACCCCUGACGAGGCGUUCUUCUCACCCAGCGCCUUCCGGCGGGCCCUACACUUCAUCCACGCCUCCGCGCCGGGCCACCUCGCCCACCGUGUCGCCGCGUCCCCCGCGGUGCCCCUCCCCGCCCUCGUGCCAGGCUGCCUCCUUGCGGCCUAUGCGACGCUGCGGCGCGAGCACACCACCGAGAGCCUGCUGGUCCUGCGCGGCCUGGGCAUCCAGACGAGCUCGACGAGCGGGAGCUACCUCUCCGCCGCGGCGACGCGCUUCAUACCCACGGAGAAGAUCCAGGACGUGCUCGUCAACGAGGCCUUCCGCGGCUUCGAGGUGCGGUACUACCUGAUCGUCGUCGUCGAGGGCGAGGAGGACCUCGUCGUUGUGUUUCCGAGGCUGUUACCGCGCAAAAAGAUUGUCGAGACGGUGUGGAGGGGGGUCAGGGGGUGCCUGUGGGAGGCGGAUGGGACCGUCAGCGGGAGCAGCAACACUAGAAAGAUGGACGAGAGGUGGCAGGGCGGGGUGUAG